AACGGGGACUAGAUCUAGAACUCGAUACAAUACUUUCGCAUCGUACUGACCUCGAUAAACUGUUGUCAAGCUUGCAAAAAUCUGCACAAAUACUCGAUAUUGUUAAAGCAGAUGCCGAACAUUUGUGUGCCAAUGAUUAGAUGAAUAUGACCCUGGUGGUAGAAAAGCCAGAAUUCUUGAACGUGUGAUUGGAAUUAAAGUCAUUAAGCACGUCCCAAAGAAUGACACAUUUCCCUAUUUGACAAAUGGUUGAUGACGUUGUCAAUAUUUUUCCCAUGUUGGAUCCCACGUAUUUGGUAAAAGGGGUGAAGAAGCCAGCUGGAACAGCUGAUGAAAUUGAAAAGCAAUUCGGUUGUGAAUCAUCGAGACUUAUUAUGAUACAUUUUGGUUCUUUCAAUUUUUCAAAUGGUUUUCUUACUAUUUUGACAGCGCCAUUAAGUUGUGCAGAGGAGCCAUUAAUUGUACAGCAGACAACUAAUGGUAAAACUUUGAAGAAAUUUGAAUAGGCAUCCCUUUGGAAGGGAAAGGAAGGGGAUCCAUGACAAUUGGUUCAUCAGGAUGUAUUAAGGAGCAGUUAUAUUUUGUCACAACAUUGGGAACAAAUAUAACCAAUUUGAAUUUAUUAGACAUGAAGAACAUAUUGGCUUCUGCUCCACAUACAACUACUGUUGGUGUGCACCCAUGAGUCUUGUUUUGAAGGUUUUAUCAUAUUUUUCGAUUUGAAGUUGAACAAAUUCUUCAAAUAAUUUGUUCUUCUUUUGGGAUUUGUAAAAUUCUAGGGUUUCACCUAUCCAUGGUAGUCCCAUUUCUCCUGGUGGAAGUUUGUUUUUGGUUGUGUUUGUGGACAUUUUUGUAAUGUUUCAACAAAAGGGAAAUGACAAUUAUGAAAAAGUUUGAUAACAAGGUGAAAUAAUUCGAAAGGAGAAAGUUGAUAUCCAUAGCCAUUAACAAUGAAAGGGAAACUCAACAAAGCUUUUGGUAUGUGUUAAUAAUAAUUUGCUUUAAGAACUAACAUGCCAAAUUUAUAGUACUUUGCAUGGGGAAGAUGAUUUCUUAAGAACGACAUAAAAUACUUAAAAACAAAGUCAAAGGUAUUUGGUCUGCCUAGAAAAA